UUGAGUUAGCUAGCCGAGGCUAGCUGGGAGCUAUCCCACUGCUAAUGUAGAAGAAAGACUCGCUUUAGCUUUACUUUUAUUUUUCCGCGUCAGGUGCAUUUAGCUUUUCCGCAGUCAGGAAAUCAGGGGCUUCCCGUUUGUUUUUCCACGCAAUAAGAUGGUUGUUUUGACAAAUAACAAUGAAGAACAGGAUUUUAUCCUGAUAGAGGAGCGCAAGUGCACCUCCCUACCCAGCUCCCCUGCCAAGCGAGUGUCUCCCACCAAGAAGAAGCAGUUCUUCAUCAACCAAGCCAUCCGCAACUCUGACCUCACCCCCCGAGCCAAAGGCAAAAAGAGCCUCCGUCGGCAGGAAAACACGCGUUACCUUGCCAACCUUCUUGAGAAAGAUGAGUGCUCCAAAGAUGAACUGGAAGUGUGCAGUAGCCCUGCCAUCCCAUCCAUAUUCACUGAGGCCUGCACCAAUGACAACUAUGUGGAGCCAUGGAAUGAUUUCAUGAAUCGUUCAGGUGAGGAACAAGAGAAACUGCUGGCCCUGCUGGAGAAGGAGGCCAGAAACAAAACCAGCAACCAGCUCCUCAUGGACCAGAGGAAUGUAAAUCCAGCCUUCAGUGCUCUGGACUGCUUUAAGAGAAUCGAUCGAAGGCUACGUGCUACUCUGAGACGAAAACAGUUCCCUAUGGGGACUCUGGAAGUGCUUGAAGAGAGUCUAAUAAGUUUCUUCAACAGUCAGCCUCACUCAGUCUACACCACCCACCUCAGCAGCAGCUUUGAGAGGCUGCUGCUCCAUGCCAUCUGUCAGUAUAUGGCCCUUGUCUCUGCAAGCGCUGACUACAAGGGCAUCCGUCGGACGGAAGUAGUGAACAAACAGGAGGAGUUCCUGCCCCCCAGCCUAUUGCUCUCUGCCUACCUGGAACGGUUAAGCUGAGAGGAGGAUACUGCCAAACAAGUGGGGGAAAGGGGUGGGGUCCAUUUUCACUGACUUUCCUGACAGGUACAAAUACACGAAAGAUCUGUAAGCUGUAGAUAGAUGUACAGUCUAAGUUUUAUUAACACUAGAACAACCUAGGCCCUCAUUUUGACGGUUUUUGAUUUUCAAAGUUUAAUAACUUUGUGAAAAAAAGGUACAGACCUGCCACUCCCUGAAUGCUCCUAAAAUUGCAUUAAAAUAGAUCAAUUGCACAAAAAAAAGUUAUGGAAAGAUCUACCUAAAACAACCAUGAGCCGCCAAAAAGACUGCUCGUAAUUUGCAUGUCAUCGUGCGCGUCAUGUUGCUAUUUAUGACGUGUGUUGGUCGUGUCAUUUCCUUCGUGAAGUUCAUUGAUCUGUCCUAGAAACACAUUAGCAUUCUCCAGUGCAGAGUAAUAGUCUAAACUGGAUUUUUGAUUAUUGCCAACAUGUCUGGUUACAGAUAUCGUUCCAGACGCACCAUGACUACCACCGAGGCAUUGCAGUAUUUACAGCUGUUGGACACCAGCCAUUUUAAAUAGUUUGAAAAAUAGAAUUAAAAGUUGUUAAAAUUUUAAUUUUGGUGUCAAUCGUUUCUUAACAGACAUACAAACAUAUGCAAUGCAUUAAUAUCUCAUUUGGGUAUUUAUCUUGACAGAAUAUAGAGUUUAAAAACUGUGGCGGUCAUUUUGACCGCCCACGGUCAUUCAAGUAGUUUUUACAUUUUGGUCAUUGUUUGGGACUGUUUCAGUGGUUAUUUUCGGUUCUUUUUUUACAUUUCACGUUUUAUAGACCUUGUUACGUUUGUUAGAUUAGCAAUAUGCGUUUUCUGUUUUGUUUUUCAGGUAAUAUCUUCACUUUUUCAAUUUUGCUAUUCAAGUUCGACCAUGUCUCUCUGAAGUUAAAAUUGUUUAAAAAUAGUAUUAUAGUUGUUGAAAUAUUAACUGCUUCUUCUUGGUGGGAGACACUCGCUUGGCAGGGGAGCUGGGUAGGGAGGUGUACUUGCGCUCCUAACAGACAUACUAACAUAUGCAAUGCAUUAAUAUCUCAAUUGGGUCGUUAACUUGACAGAAUAUAGAGUUUAAAAACUGGUGGUCAUUUUGACCAUCCAUGGUUGUUUUAGGUAGGAGUGAAAUCCCGGUUGUUCUAGUGUUAAAGUAUAUCAAUGUACUGAACUGCCUGGAGCAACACAAUAUGCCAAAUGGAGCGUCCUCUGUUUUUGCUGAUAAAGAUAAGAAAGCGUGCUAGGUGCUGAGAUGAGAGUGAUGUACGCUGUGGAGCUGGCCUUGCGUCACUUCACAAAAGAUUAGUUCAUCAGGGCGAUGUAAAACAAAGUUGUGGUGAGAUGCAGCGCAUGAAUAGGACAAAUAUCUGCACAGACUCAGUUGCUCACCAUUUUGUUUGUAAAUGUAUGUUGUCUUGUCAAGGGGAUGAAAAAAAAGCUGGCUUACAUUUGGACAGUUAAAUAAUCCAUUGCUUAUUGUCUCUGUGGGUUUUUAAAAUGAACUGUGUCUUCAGGUAUGAUUUUGCAUGAAGAUUUUCUCAUUUCUUUUAACGUACUUGCACAUUAUGUGCCAUUUUUCUCUCUUGCAUCUCAUUCAAAGAUGCAGAAAAUGUUGCUUCAAAAACGCUUAAAACAGUGAUCUACUUAAUCCAAAGUUUUCAAGAUUGCUUUUCAAUUCUUUUUUUUUUAAUGUAAUAAUGCAUUUGCUGCAGCUAAUAUGACAUUUGGUCAGUUUACAUUCAAACAGAUAUUUGGUUCAGAAAUCAUGCUAAUACUGCCCAGUUGCUAAACUGGAUUUACAGGUUCUAAAACGGAAAAUGAACUAGUGAUGACAACAGCUGGGCUUUAACUCAAAGGCACUUUUCAUUACAGCUGCAACAGUGACAACCCCAGACAAGCACAUAUGCCUUAUAAAUGCCUAUAAAAAGUUUCUACAUGUUUCUGUAUUUGUACUUUUACAUUUGUACUGGCUAGCUUUUUAAAAACGUUUUAAAGUUGUUUAAAUACCUAUUUCCACAAUUUGUUUUGUACAGUCAUUAGUGGUCUGGCAAAACUUGACCUCUCUAGCAAUUUUGUCAACAGCCAAAUUUUGUGAGCUUGUGUGGAAAGCCAGUGUCUCAGGCUCUCAACUUGCCAUCCUGAAUGUUGUGAUUUCAUAGUGUCAUUAUCUGUGCAAUUUAUGCAUUCUUGAAAAGGAUUUUGUUGAUAUCCAAACCCCAGCUCCAUGGAGCACCACCAGUUUUGUUUUGUGUGGUUUUUUUUGUACAACUUUUUAACUAAAUACAUAUUUGGUAAUAGUUGCUAUGUAAAUAUUGAGCUCAGUUAAUACAUGUGUACCAAUGUUUGGACAGUAAAAUUGCAUUUCACCACCACAGAAAGCUUUACAUGCUAGUCACAUGUUUCCUCUUAUGUGUAAGGUAUUAGGGUGUGUGUCUAUAUGUAAUUACAAAAUUUCCAGAGGCUACUAGAUGAUUUGAGGGGUUUAUCCUCAUUGUGAGUCAUUUUACUGUGUAAACUGUACACAGAGCGCUGGAGGUCAUGGCUGUUGAGGCAGUUUUUAAUAAACGUCAGUUAAACUUCUCAUGGAUCUUGGUUUGUAACUUGAAGAUUUAAUGACCAAUUCAGAGUUGUGAAGAGUGGGUCAAACAGGUUUACUUUAUGUUUUACAGACGGUACCACAGAUGAUCUUGAA